AUAAUGGUAUUCAAUCGGUGAUAUUGUUGUAAAUUGGCGAUGUAUUUUGGACGUAUUGCUUCUUGUAACUGAGGAAACGGCGACAUCAAAGGCUUCAAACGACCAAUCCCCGGCCGCCACUAAACUGUAAUCCAAUCAUAAAAACAAACAUGUCACACUAUUUCCGGAAGAUCCAAUGGUAAUACACAUGAGCUCGCCACAAGAAAACAACACAGACAUGCAAACGGUUCUAUCCAGUUUUGUAGCGCCGAAUUUGAUAGAACAAGCUGACAGCAGACUCGAUAAUGGCUUCCAGAAUAAUUAUUUAGACUGUCAGUACACAGAUGUGGAUAAAAGUCCAGAAGAAAGAAUUAAUGUGGACGAAGAGGAUAGGGAAGAGGAAUUGGUUAUAACGGAUGAUGUUGAUGAAACGAAGUUAGAAGAAUCUCAAGAGGUAGCUACAAAAGAUGAGCGUAACGACAAAAAAGAAGAAGCGAAAAGUGAUAGUGAGUCAAAAACACAGCAGGAUAUUUUUGAGCCGUCAUGGCACCCUCACGUAUACGGAAAACCACCUAAAAAGCCUACUCCUCAUACUAUAGAACAUAUCUUAGGCUUAACGAAGCCUGAUGCCAAAAAGAGUGUAAGUCAGUUAAUAAACGUGAAGAGAAAUUUCGAUGGGAAGAAGCCGUUUUGCUUCGAAAAGAGUAUCCAGGUUCAGACUGAUGAUAGGAAGUUGAGUUUGAGUGUGCAUAAGAACAAAUUGCAGGAACAGUUGUUACAACGGAGUGUGAGGACCAGUGAGAGUGAAGUGGAUAAAGUGUUUUCGUUCAGGGAUGACCAGCCCUUGAACCUUUCGGUGCCCAAGUCUAAGGACUCGGGGUGGAGCUCCACUGAUGAGGAGAAGCUUUGUAAAGAUCAGNAACGCUGCGUCGACUAA